GACAUCAAAGUUGCUUGCACAGAAGAUAACAAAUGCGACGUGGGGAAAGCCCUCCCCUUAAUGUCCGCCCUACUGUGGUAUAAGAUAAGCGAAUUCAUGGCAAGAAGCCUUUGCCAUAAUUCACUUCCUGAAUUUAAAAAAUCCUCCUUGACAACAAAAUAUGAAGAAUGUAAGACAAUGGCAACCCUGAUGGUCUCCUACACCAGUACCUUGCAUUGGAAUGGUUUUUUUCGUGAGGCUGCAAGCCAAAGAGCUUACUCCAAUCUAGAAACAGCUAUGACUCUAAUCAACAAACGAAUAACCUCCAUGGAGUUUACAUCGCUGGCCUGUAUAAAACUCGAAGCUACAGACAUGUGCACUCUCGGAGACAUUUACAAGUUAUAUGGCUCUCUGCUGAAAUUGAAGAAAAACAUAUUAAGUCCUGGAAUGACCAAAAACUUGCGCCAGUUUACAAAAGUAGAUCACAGUAAAAUGCUACAGCUAAAAACGAGCGCCUUGAAGCAUCUAAACCUGUUGGGUGAAAUAAGUUCUGUGGAUGGAAACUUACAAACCUCUGUCAAAGGGAUUUCCAAGUAUGUCUAUGGACUUGCCAAAUUUGAUGAAGAUAUUGCAAAAGCAGAUGUUACCUUUAUCUCGGACAAGCUUAGCGAGUUCAGGAAAAAAUCAGACGAAAUAUCAAAGAAGGUAGAAAAAGACAUCAAAAACGCCAUGGCGGCGAUGGUGACCGUACUUGCAGGUCAGCUGGUUGAAGAAUCUGUUAUUCUCUCAUUGAAAAUUGCAGAGCAUACGAAUCCGUUGAAAGUUAUCUUUGGUGGUGUUGAGGUAGGCGAUAUCUAUGAGCAGUUAGCUGAGGUGGCAAGAGCCGCCCAGGAACUUACACAUGGCCUCAGCUGAUCUUGCUAAGGACUUUAAGGACAACGCUAAUCAGAUUUCAAGUAUGCAGACUCUUGUAAAGGCCAUCGAGGCAAACAAGGUGGAUGAAAUUGGCUAUGAUGCAGACAAGUUCAUAAAGGCUUAUAGCGAUUACACUCCAAAAGUAAACCGAGCACGCUUGGCUAAAAACGAUGCGUUGUGGGCUACCUUCAAGAGUGAAACGUGUGAUUUGUUAUUUGGAGCGCAAGGUGCUGGGGCGGCUGUCGGACAGGGUGUUGUCGGAGGGAUGUUGCUCUGUGAGAAGUUAGAAGGAACUCUGGCAGAAUUUUCUGCCCUUAGGGAAAACGUUUUUGAUUUUCAGUUCGACCUUGUUGAUUCCCUAGCAGCUGUAAUCCGUGGUAAUGUUGGCAAAAAGCUAUCAACAUCAAUUGACGUGUUGAAUGACGUUCUUGAAUCAAGCAAGCUUAUGCUGGGAUUUUUCAUUACUCAGCAUCGCCUCCAACACGAAGCCGCUGUUUACUGUGACAAAAUUGAGUAUAGGCUCCAAGGAAAAAGACUGGAUGACUGUUCUCCAUCUUCUGGAUUUUUCUCUAAGGAAAAUCUAGAUAACAUCAUAAGUUUUGAUUUGAAGAAAAUAAGUUAUUUCGAGGAGAACAAAUUUGUCUAUUUACCUACCAAGCCACAAUUCAAAGGCGACACAGGUUUUAUCAAUAUUCCUUCUUUAGCGCAGGGGAACUCUGUGACACUUCGAAUACCAGCAAAUCGCACCUGGCUUCGAAAAUAUAACUGGCUAGGACUUCAAGAGAACUCAGCUCCUUUCGUAGAAAGUUUUAAAAUGUAUCUUCCUCUCAAAAGGUACGGCAAGAAGAAGAAAACAAGUGUCACAACAAGAACGUCAAUUGAGUUGACUUCGAUAGCUGGAAGCAUGACAAGUGAUACUUCAGAUGUGGUGUACAGUAUACCUCUUGAACACAGCAAAUUCUUAACUGUCUAUUACCUAGGCUAUCGAUCCUCGCAAUGCUCAGACGGAAACGAGAUUCCAAAUCCUUACAGUUUAUGUAAAAACCUCCCGAAUAUUUGCGACACGUUUACUAAAAAGCCUCAAGAAAGUUUGAUGCCUACAAUUCUUUCCACCUGGAAGCUCAGCUACACCGUCGAGUCAGGAAACAGAAAAGUGAAGUGGAAAGCACCAAACCCAGCAACCAACCUCCUCAUCAAAGCGAAAGUAAAGCUCCGCCAUUAUCGCACAGAGAAGAGCGAUGUCAAGCUGUUUGAAGAUAACCUGGCGUCUGAAGAGGUUUGCUGCAAAGGGAACACAUACCAACCAGAAUGGUAUGAUAGCACAUGUGUUCCCUGUCCC